AUGGCAUCCAAAGCUCAUCCGUCGGCCAAGGCGCCGUCCAAGACCAUGCUCAACCUGGGCAACCUCCCGCCGAGGCAGAAGCAGGCAGAGAACAAGCCAGCGGCUUAUCCUCGUACGCCCACUCGUGUCAACCCUAACCAGCCCCCCUGGCCCGCAUACCGUGGCUACCACGAGUACUCGUUCGCUCAUGCCACGAUGGGCGUGCGCCUGCCAACUAUUUUGGCCAAGGCGAUCAACGAUGUUUACCAGACGCUUAACCAGGAGUACGACGAGGGGCGUGUCCUCGACCUCCUCGACUGUGUCGAGCGCAUGCAGCAGCUCAUGGACGACCUCCACGGCAACGCCAAGCUGCGCCCCAUCGUCGACGACGGUGCCGGAGACGUGGCCCUGUGGAACAAGGAGAUUGCAAAGUUCUUCCGCGGCAAGGACUUUAUGAACGCUCCGUGGCUCUUUGCCGAGGCGUACAAGUACCGUCGUCUCCGCGAGUGCUUCUCGCUGUCCAAGUACUGGGUCGAGUAUGACGUCUUCUUCCGCCAGAAGUGCGACACCUUUUCGCGCUCGGCUCAGGCCGUGUUUGAGCUCGCGGCACGCUUCUCGGAGCCCCAGCAGAUCCAAUCGUCGACGGAGAAGAACAAGCUCAUCUUCCUCGAACUCACUCAGAUCUGUCUGUGGGGCAACUCGACCGACCUGUCGCUCCUCAUCGACAUGACCGAGGAGGACAUUAAGAACCUCCAGUCGACGGGCGGCGAGCACCUCGCCGCCACUGAGAAGAACAUUCUCGGCAACGACUUGCACAAGCUCGCCGACUAUGUCCUGACCCUCAAGGGCGGCCGUGUCGACUUUGUGCUUGACAAUGCCGGUUUCGAGCUCUACUGCGACCUGGUCUACGCCGACUGGCUUAUCCAGGCCGGUAUCUGCUCGCAGAUUGUCUUCCACGGCAAGCGUAUUCCCUGGUUCGUCUCGGACGUCACCCGCAAGGACUGGGACUGGAUCCUCAACACGGCGUGUCUCCACGGCCACCUCUUUGAGGAUGCGCCCGAGGAGGACAUGCACCAGCUCCGCGCGAUGGGCCGCCGCUGGAAGCAGUACGAGAAGGAGGGCAAGUGGAAGUACGAGCAGCACCCGUUCUGGUGCACCGGCUUUUCGUUCUGGGACCUCAACAACGAGGCCCCCGACCUGUUCCAGUACCUCUCCGAGUCGGACCUCGUCAUCUUCAAGGGCGACCUCAACCACCGCAAGCUCACUUAUGACUGCCACUUCCCCAUCCAGUCGACGUUCCCCAACGCUAUUGGACCCAUGGCCUCGGACCCCGGUGCGCCGCCCGUGUGCUCGCUGCGCACCAUCAAGUCGGACGUGGUCGUCGGCAUCCCCGAGGAGGUGGGCGCGCGUCUCGACGAGGAAGAGCCCGGAUGGAAGAUUUCGGGCAAGUACGCCGUCGUCUUGCUCUCGGCCGGCAACAAGGGCAAGGACAGCGCCAUCGCCGCACAGGUUUAG